GCGGAGAGAAACCAGCAGGCGGCCCGCUCGCUGCUGAUCUGUAUUGUUGUUGUUGUCCGGCGUUGACAUUUGGAUACGGUCUGGUCUCGCUGUCGGAUUUCUGUGUCUCUUUUUUCUUCUUUUUUUUUUGUGUGUGGCCUUUUCCCUGCUCGCUCGACAGCGUCUCAUCAUCGCACCGUACGAACUCCUGCCUGCCUGACAGUGUGACUCCACACAGACUGACUGACUGACCGAGACUGAAAGGAGCAGAUAAACAGACAGAUAGGAGGACUGUGGAAGAGGGACUAGCGCUGGCAGAACUGUGGGCUGAAUGACAGAGGAGCACAUGAAGAGGGGGACCAGUCUUUCAGCUGCAUCUUGACCGGUAACCUUGGGACCAUACAACACCGUGCACCGGGCAACCUGAGAAGAGGGCGUCACAGGGAACUGUCAAGGCGCUAUCACUCCUCCUGCAGACAUGAGGUCCUUCCGUUCCUUUGGUAAUGAUGACCGCCAUGUCAUGGCAAAGCACUCCACGAUCUACCCCUCCUCACAUGACCUGGAAGCUGUCCAGACGUUGGUGUCGACUGUAGAAUGUGCCCUCAAACAUGUCUCCGAUUGGCUGGACCAGAGCAACGGGGAUGUUGAAAGCCAGUCCGACAGCCAGGUCAGCCAGGUGGUAGACAGCACAGAGGAGUGUGACCCUGGUGAUGAUCACAGUGAUGAAGCUGAGGAUACCAGUGACAGCUGCAGGGGAUCUAGCAGUGGCGGGGUGCUUUGUGGCGUGAUGCGGAUCGGUCUGGUGGCCAAAGGUCUUUUGAUCAAAGACGACAUGGACUUGGAGCUGGUGCUGCUGUGCAGAGAUAAACCAGCACAGACGUUGCUCGACACUGUCUGUCACAAUCUGCCCACACAGAUACAGAAGCUGACAGAGGAGAAAUACGACAUGACGAGCUCUCCGAGUGAGGCAGCCAUCUUGGUCAAAACAACGGCAGAGCCCAUACUCACACUUAAGAUCAUCCUCACCUCACUGGCUAUGAGGGACGAUGAGGAGGACAAAGUGGAGGAAGAAGAAGAGGAAAAUAGAGAAGUGUUGGGUGCUACUGCGCAGAGAGUGGAGGCAGAGGAGGAGGAAGAGGGGGAGGUGCUGGAUAGACACAGAUGUCUGUUGGCCCUAGCAGCGCUGCGACACGCCAAGUGGUUCCAGGCUCGAGUCAAUGGGCUCAAGUCCUGCAUUAUAGUUCUCAGGAUUCUUAGAGACAUGUGCAAUAGACACCCUGUCUGGGAACCUCUCAAGGGAUGGCCCCUGGAGCUAAUCUGUGAAAAGGCCAUUGCUACCUGCAACAGACCACUGGGAGCAGGGGAGGCCUUACGCAGAGUCAUGGAAUGCCUUGCCUCAGGCAUACUGCUGCCAGGUGGUUCAGGUUUACACGACCCGUGUGAGAAGGAGCCAACAGACACCCUAGCCAAUAUGACCAGCCAACAAGCGGAGGCCAUUACCUACAACGCACAGCAUGCUCUGAGACUCAUGGCGUUCGGACAGAUCUACAAGGUGUUGGAGAUGGACCCUCUUCCCUCAAGUAAACCCUCACAGAAAUACCCUUGGUCUGACAAAGAAGGCUCAGGUCUUAAGAGGUCAUAUGAAGAUGGCGCACUUGAUGACAAAGACCUCAUUAAGAAGAUGAAGAGGAACCUUAGGAAAGUUCUGGACAGUAAAGCCAUGGACUCUAGUCAGCCAAUGAACGCGCUGAUGCGGUUGAACCUCAUGCGGCCGGGGCUGCAGUAUCGCCUGCUCUCCCAGUCGGGUCCGGUUCAUGCGCCGGUCUUCACAAUGUCCGUGGACCUGGACGGAACCAUCUACGAAGCGUCGGGGUCCUCGAAAAAGACGGCCAAACUCCACGUGGCUGUCAAGGUUCUCCAGGGAAUGGGCCACUCCACAGGCUCCGACGCAGACCUGGACCCCAUGAGUUCAGACGAGAAGUCAGAUGGCGAGGGGAAGAGCGAGACAUCCACACAUGCCAGCAAUAACCCAACACACUCCUCGGACAGUUCCAACACAACGGAGAUGCGAACUCUGGGUCCCAUACUGACAGCCAGUGGGAAGAACCCCGUCAUGGAGCUGAACGAGAAAAGACGAGGCCUCAAGUACGAGAUCAUCUCUGAGGGCGGAGCCAGCUACGAUAAACGUUUUGUCAUGGAGGUGGAAGUGGAUGGGCAGAAGUUCCGUGGGGCAGGCCCCAAUAAAAAGUUAGCAAAGGCCAGCGCUGCUCUGGCUGCUCUGGAGAAACUCUUCUCUGGUCCCAAUGCAGCCGCAAAGAAGAAGAAGAAGAUACUCCCUCAGACCAAAGGAACACCGUCCGUAGGCUCGGCAGUAGCGGCCCAUGUGGCCAGAGGAAGAGCGCCGCUUACCAGGGGAACCUUCAUCAAUGCUGCUGCGCCCAGAUUUGUCACGCCAGGCUUUGGCACACCAUAUGGAUAUGGCCCUGCUGCAGCAGCUGCCCCUGCCUAUGGUUUCCCCAAGAAAGCGUUUGUGUUGCCUGUCGUGCAAGUGCCUGCCUACCUCAUCAACCACUUCAAAUUUCAUUAGCACAGGAGACACGCAUACCAAACGCACCUAGCAUCUUGUCUCUAGAAGGGAUUACUUCUUUAACGUUGAAAGAAAGGGAGGGGAUUAAGAAAUUGAAGAUUUGUAAAAAUGUUUAUUUGCUUUUUUCUGUUGUUUUUCUUACUGUUUCCAAAAAAAAUAUGAAAAAUACUGCAGGUUCAAUUUCGUCAGACAAAAAAAAACUUUUGAGGAUUUCUACUGUGAAUUGUUACCUCGUUUUUUUGAGCCUCAGUUUCAGUUUUUUGCUGUCAUGUCUGUUCCUCCUUAGGAAGUGAUGAGGCCUUGAAGUUUUUGGCAAACACACAUUCUCUGUAAAAAUAAAUAUGAGCUGUGUGAAGGAUGUGUAGGAAUAAUCACACAAUGUGGAAAAAAAAAUAAAGUUUCAUCACCUGUA